AUGGGGUAUUCUAAGGGUGAGAUGAUAGCCUUGGGCUUCGUUUUUGUGGUUUUGGCUACAGUGUUUGUUGCUCUUCGUAUUUGGGCACGAAGACUCCGUCAUGCCAGUCUUGGAGCGGACGAUUAUGCGAUUUUUGCGGGAUGGGCUUUUACCAUUGCAGUUUGUGCUGUUCAUUUAGAGGCAUCCAUCCAUGGACAGCUUGGACAGCACCAGGCGACGUACCCCGACGGGGAGCCUAUUCUAGAUGAUCCACGAUUCAUAGUAUAUGAAAAGUGUAAAUUUGCCUUGCAUAUGUUGUCUGUGCUUGGAUUGGGAUUCACCAAGAUCUCAGUGGUCUUGCUUUACCGCCGCAUCUUUCAAACGCCAGGUUUCCAACGAGUUUGUCUGGUCUACAUUUAUGUUGUGGUUGCGUGGACUAUCAGCUUCUUCUUUGCCUGUCUAUUUCAAUGCACGCCGGUCACCCCUUUCGUGGAAGGCUUCUAUGGAAACAAGUGCACCAAUGUUAUUGUGCUUUACAACGUGGUGAGCGGCUCUGACGUUGCUCUCGACGUCUUGAUCAUCAUUCUUCCCAUUCAACCUGUUAUUAAGGUGAACAUGAGCCUCAAACAACGUCUGAUGGUACUGGGAAUGUUUCUUCUGGGUUUACUGGCGGUCGCAUGCAGUAUUGCACGCCUCGUCUCUUUUGUGCAGUGCGAUACGGUCCUCAUCGAACAUUACAACGACGAAACAUACUAUACAUCGGGGGUAUUUGUCUGGACUGUUGUUGAGUUGGUAAUGGCGGUUAUUAGUGCUUGUCUCCCCACGUUACGACCGUUGUUUAUGAUCGGGAAGAAGGAUAGCAAUUCCUCUGGUCAAUACAGAUCGAGCUAUGGUUCCGAAAGGGAACAGAAGAAGGGGUACAUGCGAAGUACAGGUUCACGCGAUGACGAUUAUGAGAUCCCUGUCCUCGCUUCUCGAAACGUACCAAGUGUACAAUGUCAGACCACACCACCCUCGACAUCCCAUGCGCGCCCUCGAUCUAGCGACGAGGGCAUCUAUGUUCAGCAAAGCUUCAGUUGGACCAACCAAGACACUCUGGGUCGUCAUGAACGGAAUGUUUGA